CUGAACCUGAAGGAGGGGUCAAAUGUAUCAUUAGUCACAAAUCUCUUUGUGCCCACAAGAGAUCUAAGUCCACCCCUUCUUGAAUUCCAUUGACCCUUAUCUACCCCCAAUUUAUUUGGACCAUUAGUAAUUCAGAUUCUUGUAGAGCAGGGGUCUCCAACCCCCAGUAUGUGGACUGGUACUGAUCAGCCGCAAUACCAGAAACUGGUUCACCCAAACAAGCAAAGCCCCAUCUGUGAGAUGCAGGCAUCAUAUGAAACCACGCCCACACUGGUCUGUGGAAAAACCUCUCUCCACAGAACUUGUCCCUGGUGCCCAAAAGGUUGGGGAUCACUGUUGUAGAGAGCUUAAGCCUGCAAUAAACCUUUAUGCCAUUUGAACAGCCUGGAUCUUCUGAUUUCCCUGAUACUUGACAUAUACAUUGCAUCUAUCUACACAUCUCCAUCAACCCUAAGAGGUAAUUCUCACACAUUAGAGAAAUACUUAUAAAUUCUUAUGUACGUUACAGAGUCCUUUGUCCUCAACAAGAAUAAUCAUCAAGGUCAGGAAGCUGAUUUUUUUUAUGAGCAAGUCUUAGUCAUUUUCAGUUUAGUCCUUUGGACUUUUUGGCUUAGUAUUCACCAACCCAUAAGAAAACUUUUUCCAGGAAUGAGUAUACUCAUUGUUCUCAAAUGCAAUAUAUUUUAUAUUAAGAUGACAUAUCGUUUAAUGCUAUACUGGUUUAAUGAGCAAAAUCCACUAACAUCUCUUGACUGAAGAAAGCAGCCUCAUUGUUUCAACAAUGGCACAUUUUACCAGCAGGAAAGUUGUACAAAGAGAACAUUUAUGUUCCAGAUGCUUCUUGUGCCCACAUAAGCUGCCUACUCUCCAAAUAUCCCAAUAAAGGAAUUUCACUUGUGACUGGAAUAAGCAUUGUUUCUUUAAAACCUGGUCCCCACAUCGGCUUUGCAUAGUAGACAUCUGGGAGUUCCUGAUCUCCAGAUGUGAUGUGGAGAAAAGAGCAGGAACCAGAAGGAAUUGCUUGACAGAGAACAGGUUCCUUUGGAAUCUGGAUUUCUUAAGUUCACUUUUGUGCCCUCCCUCGGACGACUGCCAACUCAAUGCUACCUUGCUGGCUGCACAACAUCCUGUAAUGAAGUAAUUGCUGAAACAAAGGAAGUGGAGAAGCCAUCUGCCAUAGGAAGUGGAAACAAGGGAACUGGUGAAGCUGCCAGCUGCCUCAAGGAUAAGCACAGACUUUUCAAAUUCCAAGAAGACAAGGCAAAGGGAGGGAGAAUGGAUGGGAAGGAUCUUUUCAAAGCUGAGUUCGUUCUCAUCACCGACUCAGAUGAAGAUACACAGGCUAUUUUAGGCAACGGCUACGGACGUGAAAGCUCCAAGGGUUUAGCUGCGUUCCAUGUGUCCAGUGGUGAUGAGUGCAAAGGACAGGAGAAUGUGCCUCAGAUGCCACAACACACUGACCUUCCCUGCAGUUCAGCCAGUUCACAGAAACCCCCUCAGUUAACUUCUCCUCUGUGUGCUUCUGAUCAUCUUUCCCAUAAGUCACCUGCUGCUCCUUCACUUUCUCCAACUAAUCUGAAAGUACAACAUGGACUGGCCAUUCCAGGCCAUCAGGCUUCUUCUCAGCAAGAAUCUCAUAGCCAGUGGCGGUCUGCCAAUGGAUCCUGCAUCCACCAGACAUCCACGUAUUUCCAGUCUACUACUUCUUCCAGUUUAACUUCCUCCACACCAAAAAUACUUCCUUCCUCAUUUGAGAGCCCUGUAGAUCAUGAUCAGUUACCCCACAAUGUUCAAAGUCACAAAUCCGAAAAGGAACCCACCUCUUUGUCACUGCCAUUAAGCAAGGAUCCCUGUCCUCCUUCUCGGGUUGUCACUUCAGCAGAUGCUCUUCAGGGAGCAUCACCUCAGGCUUAUUCUCCAAUUCCUCCCAAGAAACUGGUCCCCUGGCCUCAGGUUCCCAUUCAUAUUACAACACACGUCUUAUCACCAAGUCCCACCCAACUACCACCUUCUCUACACGGAUCCUCCUCAAAUAUAUAUAAUGUAAACAGCCACUGUAGCCCACCAGUGUCUAGAGUUAAAUCUCCUCUUCCAACUAGGCUUUCUCUUUUGACUGCUAUUCUGAAGUCGGGCUCUUCUCCAAAAAGGCCAUUUUCUCCCGCGUCCUGUCCUGCCACUUUUUCUCCCAUUUCCUUAGAUUCUUCAACUCUGGCAACUGAGCAGAAAUUUAAAACUACCCCUCCCACUCCCAAGAAAGCUGCUUCACAGUUUUCUAUCUUCAGGUCCGAUUCCCCAUACCAAGAUGGAGGUCACUAUUCAGGGCUUUCUAAUGCACCAAGGAACAGGAUGGUUUCCUCAAGGUCCAGUCCUACCCUUCAAACUUGGACUCUGUCCCCUAGAAGGACGCUUGAUACUGGGGCACGUUCCCCUGACAAACUGCGUCCUUUGUCACCCACAAUUUCCUCCUACAGGAAAACAGUUGUCUCUCCUCUGUUAAAACCCAAACUGACCGGUUUUUCCUUACCUCCCCAUGUUUUGAGGCAAAGGGUCUUCAAAACACGAGAGCCAGAGAAGUCUACGAAAGUACGCACCUGCUCUCCCACUUUCACUGCCAAGCCCCAUCCGGCGCCAACCCUUGCAGUCAACCGAAGGGCCACAGUCUCACCCACAGCACAAAAACUGUCUUACUCUCCAGCUCGUGUGCAUUCUAGUAAUCAGCCUAAAGAACACUUGCUACAUGUCUCUGCAAAGGACCGAGGUACAAAUUUAUCAACUCAUUGGCCUUUUUAUCACCAAGACUCGCCAUCAUCUAUUCCUCCAGGCUGUAACAUCUACUCCCCUUUGCUUCAGACAAAUGCAUCAUCCCCUCUUCAUUCAAACUUCAGAACUUGUUCGCCCUGCUCAAGACACAAGUCCCCAGCGAUAACACCACAUGGAUCCCUGGCCAGAAAGCAUUCUCCUUGCCCGCAGUUGUCAAGAUCAAGGGAGACUAACUCACCGCUGUCCUUUUCCUUGCCUUCUGGUUAUGAGAAUAAGACUCCUCAGUCAUACAAGAUCAAUGCAAGCUACAAGACAUUUGCAGCCAUCCCGACAAACACACUGCUUCUAGAACAGAAGGCGCUCGAUGAACAAACCAAAGCAGAACUAGAAGUUGAUGACAGAACUCUGGAUACCCAUUCAGAGAUGUGCUCGCCUGCCCAACUCAGGCAACAAACGGAAGAACUUUGUGCUGCUAUUGAUGAAGUCUUGCAAGAGCCCUCAGCCAGGCGCCAAUGUAAUUCCUCUCCAGGCUCCUUGAAGAGCAUACUCGAUUCAAAUACGGGCAAAAUGUCUACUCUUCCACAGAGGCCAGCUGGUCGGGAAACCAAAUAUGCCAACCUCUACUUAAUGGCUCCUGCAGUGACUGAGACACAUAAGAUGUAUAUCCCGCCUUUCCUCCAGGAGCUGAAGGAGGCAUACCUCCAACAACCCUGUGAGACAAAGCCUGGGGUAAUCCGACCAACGACUGUAAAAGCAAAAAUAAUAAUUAAAGAAGAAGAAGAGCCUGUCCAGCCAAACCCAUUCAGAAAAUAUUUGGAAGAAAGAAGUGAUCUUCAGACCGAACAGACCACUCAUCCAAUUGUGCCUAUUCCUGAAAAUGAAGCACUCAGUUCUAAAGAGCUUUCCUCAGUCAGAAGAAAAGACAAACCACCCUACCAAGAAGACUUUAGUGAAGGAAAUUUUCUAGACACUGAAAGUCCACACCAAAGAGGUCACUCUCCAUUCAGUGGAAACUCAAGAAAUAAUUUUGCAAAUCUCAGCUAAGGUAUAGCCAUAAAGAUCUGACAUCUAUAUAUGCCAGCAGCUACUACUUCUUGUGGCCCUGGGAUAGUUUUUAGGCUUUGGAAUCACUGUGCCUUAAAUACCAGCUGCUCUAGUGAAAGUACUGUAUCUCCAUAGUUGUAAGCCUCCGAAAUGCACCCAGCUGGCAAUUCGGUAACAACGCAUGUGGGAUGUGACUCGAUCCAAUAAUAGAUGUUAAUAACGUUGUUGUUAUGAAUUUCUAAUAACGCUUGGGAUCUUUUGGAGCCCUGCUCAAAUGAAAGAAAGUGUUAGAGACUGUCAUUUUGCUUUUUAACAUUUUAGAUUUUUUUUUAAAAAAAAUACCAAGGUAAUGUUAAGUAUUUCUUGAAUGUUAUACAUAUUUCAUGUUUUAAAUGCUGCAAGCCCAGUAAAAUAGGUAAUGUGGAGGGUGCAAAAAGAAAUGCCUAUGAAGACAUAACACUGGUGAACCUGAAUUCUAUAACAGUUCACAACUGGAUUAUAAAGACUGAGUUCAGCCUUCUCUAAAAGACUGUCAUAACCAUCAUAAACCUGCUGCAUGCAUCAUGCUUAGCACUUGUUUGCUUUAAUUGCAGUUUGGCUAAUUUGCAAGAAACAAGUUAGAAUCGGUUGCUGGGUGAGCAAAUUAUUCUUGUGCCACCUGGCCAAAUUCCUGUCUUAUUUUAUCUUUUUUUUAGCAAUUUUUGCUUUACACCCUAAUCCUAAACACCUUUCAUGGGAAGGUUCCUUGAUGCUCUCUGAGCUUAGCUGUUUUCCUGCAGACAUUUAUUACCCAAGCCAGGUAACAUCAUGAGUGCUAAUAAGGAGUGCGGUUUAUUUAUUUUAUUUUAUUUAUUUAUUUAUUUGAUUUCUAUACCGCCCUUCUCCCAAAGGACUCAGGGCGGUUUCCAGCCAGAUAAAACACAGUUAUACAUAUAAUAUAAAAUUUAAAAAAUAUAUUAAAAAACUAAUUCAAUUUGGCCGAAUUUAAAACUUAAAAACAAAAAUAAAACUAUGAUAAACCCCUAUUAAAAUUACUAAUUAUUUCAAGCCAGUCCUGCGCGGUAGAAUAAAUACGUCUUCAACUCGUGACAAAAGGUCCGGAGGUCAGAAAGUUGUCAUAAUCCUGGAGGAAGCUCAUUCCAGAGGGCAGGUGCCCCCACAGAGAAGGCCCUCCCCCUGGGGGUCGCCAGUCGACAUUGUUUGACUGACAGCACCCUGAGGAGGCCUUCCCUAUGGAAGCGCACAGGUUGAUGGGAGGCUAUAAGUGGCAGCAGGUGGUCCUCUCUCUCACUCCUUACUAGCACUGAUUAUGUUAUGUUACCUGCUUCAGUACUGUUGAAACUCUGAAUGGUCACUAAACAAAUGGUUGCAAAUGGACAACUAUCUUUAUUUUCUACUUUAGUUUAAUCACCAUUUUUAUUUUAGUUACAUUCAAACUGUUUAAUAUAUGACCCGGCAGCUUAAAAAAUAUUUCAUGCAUGCAUGUUUACUAUGUAUUAAGACCGAAUUUUCACAGUCAUUCGCUCUAAAACCCAAUUCCAUAAAAGGCCUAUGUUUUAAGACUUAAAGAGGAUGUUUUCCU